GUACGUUCUCGUUUGCAGGUAAUUUGAAUCCAUUUUACUGUACGUAUUUUGGCUGGUGAUAAUUACUUUUCCAUCAAUGGUCCAGUUUUAGAGACUAUAUAUAUCACGAUUAUGGAAAGAGUAUCUCACAUUCUCACAUUAUGGAAGGAACUUCUCGAACACUUCCUUACACCAUAAGGUUUGUUGGUCUACUUGAUAGUCAUUCUCUUGGUAUAAAUCCAAAGUUUAUGGCUACUACAGUAGCUUUAGGAAGGGAAUUGUUAAGACGAAAAAUUAAACUUGCCUAUGGAGGAGGUAGUGUUGGCCUUCAAGGAGCUGUUGCUUCAACAGUCUUUACCAAUGGUGGUCUCGUUAGAGGUUUCAUUCCUGGGUAUAUAGCAACACAACGGGUCUAUGGACCUACGUACGGUGUAGAGCACACAGUUUCCAGUAGUUACUACAAAUAUUUUGAGAUGAAUCAUGCCGUGGAAGCUUUCAUUGUUCUUCCCGGAGGAGUUGACACCAUGGAAGGUUUGUUCACCUUGAUCUCGUGGGCUUCUGAAGGGUUACACAAUAGACCCAUUGGUCUUUUAAACAUUGACGGUUAUUUCAAUAACCUUCUCAAAUUCUUAGACGAUGCGGUGAGGAAGAACUUCAUGGCUUCCAGUCAGAGGAAACUUUUUAUCUCUUCUUUCUCUGUUGACGAGCUUUUAGACAAACUAGAGUUUGUUAAAGCUUUCCCGGGGCCUGGGGUUAGUUAUGAUGAGUUUGUGAAUCCUGGGAGAUUAGACUUAGAAUUGCAUUUGUAACAUUCCUCAUAUGAUCCAAGUUGUAUGUUGAAAUGAUAUUUUCCAUAAAUAUUAUUCUAGGCUGUAUGACCAGUGCGAGCUAUAUUUUCUUCAUUCUUUAGUCUUUCACUGUUGGUGUCACUGUUUCACAUCUUGUUUUGUAUUGUUCCACGUCGCGAUCUUUCACGUUAAUAGCGUAUACGAACGAGUCAAUUUUCUUAACUAUUUGCCUUGUCAGCAUCACUUUAUUUCACUAAUGUUUUUGACGAUAAGAAAUUAAGUUAUUAUAA